AUGAACUUCGCCAUUGAGGUCCCAGGCGAAGCGGUUCCUUUGGGCCCUGCUGAACUGAUUAAGGCCUUGAGCGCUGCCUCUGGAUCAGGAGACAACGCACAAAGACAGUCUGCCGGCCAGCAGCUCCAGGCCUGGGAAACCCAUCCAGAUUACUAUCCGAGCCUCCAGCAAAUUUACCUUGACAAGUCUCUGGACAAGCAAGUGCGCUUCCUGGCCAUCAUUCUCCUCAAAAACGGCAUUGACAGGUACUGGCGACGGACAUCGAAGCACGCCAUCACUCCCGAGAACAAGCAGCUCAUCCGCGCUCGCCUGUUUCAAGGUUCGAUUGACGAGGAGGACAAGGCUCUAUGUCUCCACAAUGCGCUCGUGACGGCAAAGAUCGUCCGGAUAGAGUACCCGGAUGAUUGGCCAGAUGCCUUGCCCAUGCUCAUCAGGCAAACGGAGAUGGCGAACUUCCGUUCCCCUGUACAACUGCGGGGUGCUCUCACCCUCAUGUUGCGCAUCGUCAAGGAACUGGCUACAGCGCGUUUGCGUAAAUCGCAGACUGCGUUGCAGGCUGUUACGCCUGAACUUGUUCAGUUCCUUGGCAAGCUGUAUACCGCAAAGACAGCCUACUGGUUACGUUUGUGGAAAGAAGAAAUCGGCGAUGAAACUACCGCAGACUAUGCGAUCGAGAACAGCCUGCUGGCUCUCAGGAUUCUAAGACGUCUGGUCACAGUGGGCUAUGAGCAGCCUCAUACAGACUCCCUAGUCUGUAGUUUCUGGUCACUCUCGCAGAACCAGUUUGAUGAGUUCCUGAGCGGGCUCACUCCGGACUCACGAAUGACAGUGCCAUAUCAAGACCUGGUCGGCAAACACCUUAUUCAGUUCACCAAACUGCACAUCGACAUGUCCGAAAUGCACCCCGCUAGCUUCCCAGCUCUACCAAAUACCAUAACUCUUGUCAGGGCCUACUGGAAGUUCAUAAAGGACUUCUCGCAGGUCUUUGCGGAAUCUAGUGGCAUCAGGCAGUCAUCAAGUGAGUCAGUUUCUGGAAAUGCGAAGCAUGAAGGUCCAAUUGGAGAGAAGUUGGCUCUUAAGGGACUUUUGCUGCUUAGAAGCUGCAUCGCAACGGCUCAUCGCCCAGUUCAGACCUUCAAGUAUCGAAGCCCCGAGGUCAAGGAGCUUGAGAGACAAGCUGUUAACACCAUUAAGGAGGAGCUUCUUACAAAGGAUAUGUUGUUGGACAUGGUUCAGGUCAUUAUCAGCAAGCUCUUUGUCUUCAGAAAGUCUGAUCUCGAAGCUUGGGAGGAAGACCCGGAAAACUGGGAGUCCCAGGAGCGCACAGAAGGAGGUGCUUACGAAUGGGCUAUCCGCCCUUGCGCUGAGAGGCUAUUGCUCGACCUCAUCACACACUACCGAGAGCUGGGGGAACCUCUUCUCAAUUAUUGCCAAAUGGCUACAAACUCGGAUAUGGACAUUAUUACCAAGGAGUCCGCGUACUGCGCUCUUGGCUGCGCCGCAGCAGUCAUCCACCAAGCUUUUGAUUUUGACUCCUUUGUGCGCAAUAGCUUGAUCAAAGACGUUCAGAUCCAGGAUCCUCUGGCUAAACUCCUCCGUCGGAGAAUAGCCAUUUUGCUGAGCCAGUGGAUAUCCAUUAGGGUAUCCCAAGAGACUAGGCCGAUCAUCUACGAAAUUUUCCGUCAUCUGUUAAAUCCUAACGACCAGCACAACGAUGAGGUCGUGCGUAUCACAGCUGCUCGACAGCUGAAAGUCAUAGCGGAGGAUUUCGAGUUUAUUGGCGAGCACUUCUACCCCUUCGCGUCCGAUACGUUUAACCUGCUUGUCGGCUUGCUCAAACAGGUCGAGGGCGACGAGGCUAAAUAUGCCAUCCUCGAGACCAUCCGGGUCCUGGUCAGCCGGAUGGAAACACAUAUCGCCGAGUUUGGCGACGCAAUUAUGACGACGCUCCCGCAAAUCUGGGAGUCUGCCGGCAGCGAGGAAUACAUGAUUAAGCAGUCGGUCCUGGCAAUUACUUCGGCACUGAUCCUCUCGAUGCGGACAGCUUCGCAGCGGUAUCAUUCCAUGAUCAUCCCUCUGCUACGGGAGGCCAUGAACCCCGAGUCACCUCUGCAUUUGCACUUGAUCGAGGAGUCAGUUGAGCUCUGGAAGUCGAUCAUGUCGCAGGCCUCGCCGCCACUGAAUCCCGAUCUCGUUCAGAUGUUCCAGCUGGCGAUUCCACUGCUUGACUACGACUCAGAGGUGACCCUCGACUGUCUGGAACUUGCCAAGGACUACAUUCUUCUGGCGCCACAAGAUGUCCUAACUGAUGCCUUCCGUCGGCCGACUCUGACAGCUCUUGCCAAGAUCCUUGACCAUAAAGCUCGUGAGCGGUCACAACUCGCUGCGAGAUCCAUCGAGCUGAUCAUCCGCGUCGCCGAAGCAUUUGGUGGGUCACAGGGUGUCAACGUAGUUGCUCAGGAUCUGUUGGAAAUUGGCGCCCUUCGCACCAUUUUCGAGGGUAUCCACAGCUCUUGGGAAGCCGACCAAACGACAGGUCCGAACAAGAAGCAGAGCAAGAUUAGCACCAUCACCGAGACGGAUUACUUCAUCCUCCUCGCCCGCAUCGCCCUCGCCGAUCCAGCUGUUUUCGCCAAUAUGCUGACCAGCUUCGGUAACACCAUCGAUCAGGUGUGGUCGUGGCUUAGCCCGCGGUGGUUUGCCAACUUUGACUGCAUGGCCGACAUCGAGCGCGAAAAGCUUUCCUGCCUGGCACUCACUCGUCUCUGGGAGCUUCCCAACCCCAUGCAAGACCUCGUCCUCGACAAGUUACAGGAUUACAUCUCCAUGUGGACGAGCGUGGUGACCUCUUUGGCAGACGACACGCCCGAUACAAAGGGAAGGGAUAGCCUCGUGUGGACGGAGGUUCCUAGGACGGAAUACGAUACACCGAGGGAUGUGUGCGAGAACGAGUUUGCCGCGAAAGAUCCGGUGCAUACGGUGUCGACGUUUGAGUUCGUGAAGGCGAGAUUGCAAGAUAUGGUGCAAAGGGUUGGGGGCGAGCAAGCGUUUGAAGAGAAUUGGGCGAUUAAUGUGGAUCGUGAUGUGUUGGCUGGGUUCCAGAGGCUCAAUCAAGAGUUGGGAAAUACGAUGGGAUGA